UCGACGCCAUACUUGAUUUGGUGUUUGUUGUUGUAGGAACUCAUUUGACUACAAGAAUUUAACAUGCCACCGAAGAAGAAAAAGAGUGGAAAGAAAGGGAAGAAGAGCGGAAAGUCUGGACGUGGGUCACCGUCUAAAAUGUCCGCAGACAGCGUCAAUGAUAUGUCCAAAGACUUCAUAUUUAUGCAGAUUAGGGAUUUAGAACUUCAGCUGAUGAAAUAUCAAGCUAAAUCAGAAGAGCUAGAGAAAAACCAGAUUGUGCUACAGGAAAAACACGAUGAAAUGGCCAGAGAAAACGCCGACAUUGAAAAGUUCUUCCAGGGACAAGAUAAUGAAAAAGAACAGGAGAAGGCCCUGAUCAUGGAGGAGAUCAAUGGUGUUCAGACGACUCGCGAGGAGGAGAAGGAAUGGGCCAAUGGACAGAUUGACCAGAUCCGUCAGGACUUCCAGGACACAAAGGAGAGUCUUACAGCAGAGAACAGCCUACUCAGUCAACAACUGAAUGACUUAGAGGAUUUUAAAUUGAGGAAAGAGGAACGAAUAGAUAUGGUGGCAGCUAUGGAGGAGCAUAUGCGACAAAGUGACGAGGACCAGAAGGAUAUCAUAGAGAACAUCCGUCUAAAGGCCAUUGUUGAUAAAGACAGAUUGAAAAAAGAAAUGGUUGACCAGGUGAAUCAAAGAGCUGCAGAUUUUAGAAAAGUUUCUAACAAACAAAUGGCCGAAACGACAAAACGAGCUAUUCGGGAGAAUGUGUCAAUACGAGGGGAGAUAAUCCAGACCUCAGACAAAACUGUGGAACUAAUGGCAGAUAACGCAGAGGUUCGCGCACGCGUAGAGGAACAAGAGGAGCGCAUCAAGAUAUUGGAAGAAAGAGAAAAAGAACUUGCUAAGAGUAAUAGCAGCAGUGUAAAGAUAAUAAAGAUGCUUAAAGGCAGGAGUCAACACAUGAAGGAAUUGCUAGAGGAAAUGGAAAUGCGAGAUCAUGCCUUCCAGGACCUGGACGGUGAUCGUGCUAUCCUAGUGCCCCAAGUAGAGGCUCAGAGGUUGCACAAAGAACAGCUCAUCAAUGACAACAAACGUCUGAGGGAGGAGAUACGAGAUGUGAAAGGGAAGUUGAGGAAGGAAAACCGUGAUAUGUUGAAAUUAGGCGAGGUCCUCAGUAACGCUUCUAGUACCAUCAGAGAGGUGCUCACGAAAGAAGCUGUCACGGGAGCUGUUACUCCUGUGUACGGAAUGGAAGAGGAAAACGAAACAGAUCGCAAAAACGCUUUAUUGGAAGAGCUUCUUGGGAUGGUUACCAUGGUGACCACUCCCAAGUCUGGAAAAAGUAGUCAAGAUAAAUACAGAAUACGAAAGAAGAGUGCCAGUGAAAUACCCGGGAAAAAUUCCUUGAAACGAGGCGCACUUCCGGUUUCGCCGAUAGCCACCAAUAACAAGGGCACAUUGUUUCAUUAUCAGCCUGGAGACUUGGGUAUAAUUCCGCGUCCUGCAAAUCCAAUACCUACCAGUGUUGAUAAGAUGCGAGUUAAGUCAGCAACCACUAGGCUAGGAGAACUCCGCAAGAUGCUCACGAACUCUGUGGGUGUACAGACAGUGAGUGCACCGAAGGCUUUGUACUACGCUGACCACCUCCUCGACAAUGUCACUCCAAGACAACAACAGACUUUACUACACGACCAGGGACGGGAACACUCUCGGGAUCAGCUCAGGUCACGUGGUACACCUAUUGGCAAUGCCGGCCCCAUCAGCCCAGCAAAACGGAUGCUUUACGGAAAGGGCUACAAGAUUACGUAACCAACUUCACUAUCCAUUUCAAAUCCAUUCUUAUAAAGGUUUUCACGUAUGAGGUAGAUUAUUACGAUAUAAGUAUGGUUAAACAGAAAGGGGAAAUAAUGUAACAUAUAAACUUUAGCUCCAUGAUAUAACAAUAGUAAAAAUUUGAAAUACAAAAUGUAACUUAAAAUCUGUUCCGGACAGUUCUGUGCUGAUUCCUUGAAUUUAGUUUCAGAAUUUCAUUUUAGUUUAAACUUUAAAAUAAUCUUUGGUCUUACUCGACUUCAUACUGACUGUUUCCUUGCUGGUAUACAUGUCAUGCUAACUGAUGUUAUACUAUAGACAUUGCUGAUACAUGACAUUAUGAAUUGGUCUGAUUACUCUUGUCUUACGUUUAAGUACUAGGAGAUAUGCACAUUCUAGCCGGCCUUUGUCGUGCGGCAACAUUGAAAUGUAUAUAAUAAUAUACACACAAAGCAUCUCUAACUUAUGAAUGAAUUAUUUAUAAAUAAACGAAUUCAAAUCUUGUAGAAUGUAUAUUGUUCAAUUGCAAUAUUUUACUUUAUUUUACUUUGUGUUACUACAUAAGUAUCUUGUUCAUGCGUAAUUCAAUAUUUUCGAUAGUAAAUCCGUGGAAUAAGCCCACAAUGUAAAAAUUGUACAGAAUAUAUUACCAACAAACUUUCUGAAUAUAACAUUUUCCUCAUGAUUUAUUUAAGUUGUUUGGCAUUUAACUGAACCAAUAUGAAAUUAUAAAAUUAUUGUUUUCUCAUUUAGACUCUCAUGAUAAUAUCAGACAAGCGUGGAUUCCUUGUGUCAAUAAAAUUCAUCAGUUUGAAAAAAUGUAAUAUCAAAG